AUGGCGACGAAAUUCCCACGAUCGUCGGCUUGGGCUCUAUAUUUCGUCUCUAUGGUUGUUCUGACGCCUCCUCGCUACUGCUCCUCCGUUCGAAUUGUUCCUCCGGCUGUGUUCGUGUUCGGGGGAACUCUAGUCGAUGCCGGAACCAACGCUUUCUUGCCUUACAGCACGGCAAUUGCGGCCAACUUCCCCUUCUACGGGAUCGAUUUCUUUGAUUCUGUGCCUCACGGCAGAUUCUCCAAUGGCCGCGUUGUCGCCGACGAAGUUGCUAGGAGAAUUGGUUUUGAAAUGAGCCCGCCGUCGUUCCUCUCCUUGGUAGCCGGCGGUUACCCUUCCUACAAAUUCAACCGGACUAUAACAAGCCGUGGGGUCAAUUUCGCUUCAGCAUUCUCCGGCAUUCUCUCCUCAACCGGUCGCGCUUAUGGUCAAGUGGUGCCAUAUCCAGAGCAGGUCCGGCAGUUCUCGACGUCGGUGGCCGGAAACCUCACAGCUGUACUGGGGCAACCGGGUUCCGCCAAUUUUAUUCGCCAGUCUUUCUUUCUAUUCAGCGUUGGAGUCGGUGAUACGGUGGAGUACAUACAGAAUCUCACCGCCGGCCGUCCCUAUUAUCGCUCCGAUGACCUCUUCCUCGACGCGUUGAUAUCCCAAUUCGUCGGUGGUCUUCUGGUAACCUGA